AUGAGCUCCGACACCAUCAUCAAGGCCAUCUUGGAUGAGGAGCACAGGGAGAAGCAGCUGAAGAAGAAGAGGAAGGGCCAAGUCGAGGGGACCAGGAAGAAUGAGAAGAAGGGCAAGACACUGGAGGAGAUGGAGAAGGAGGAGGGUGGCCCCGUCCAGGAGUCGCUGGUGCCCAUGGCGCAGACCCAGCGUGCCGCCAAACGCAAGGGGGCCAAGGACGCCGACACCAGCAUCCUGGAGGUGAGCGAGCUCCAGCGUGCCGAAGAAGAGCUGGAGGCCCAGGAGGACGAUGGCGUGAAGCUGGAGGCGUUCAACCUGAAGGAGGAGCGGGCCAGGGGCCACUUUGAUGAGGCGGGCAAUUAUGUCCAGGACGCCAAGGGCAGCGAUGAGGAGGAGGAGGAGGAGGACGCCUGGCUCAAGUCUGAAGAAGCCACGGUGGUGUCCGAGGAGGUCCGUCGUCGGCUGAAGCAGCAGGAGGCGGACGACGCGGCCGCCGCCAUGGCGGCGGCCCAGCCGCUCACCGCCGCCCAGGUCGCGCGGCUGCAGCAUGAAGCAGCGGCGCUGCUGGAGCCGGGGGAGAGCGUGGCUGCCGGCCUGAGACGCUUGGGUGCCGGCCUGGGGCGCCGGCCCGGGAAGCAGGCGGCCAAAGCGGCGCAGGCGGCCGGUGCGGGGGCGGUGCCCGACCCGGACAGUGCCGCCAAGUUCGAGCGGCUGACCGCGCUGGGCGUAUCGCUGAUGGAGGCGGGGGAGACGGAUGUCUACACCCAGUCCAAGGAGUACUUUGCGCGUGCAGCGGCCGUAUACAUCGAUGCCGACGAGGGGCCCUCCAGCCUUUUUGGCGGCUCUGCGCCCGCCACCACCGCCUACGACGACGCCGAUGAGGACAUGUUUGGGGGAGGGUCCGAGGCGUCGGCCGCUGCGCACUAUGCGGCAUGGCCCGUCAAGGAGCUCAGGCGCUUCCUCACCGAACGAGGGCAGGACCCCAGGGGCAUCGUCGAGAAGGAUGAGCUGGUGGCGCGUGUGGCCGCUGCAGCUGCUGAGAUGGCGGCUGCGGUCCCCACACCACCACAGGGCUAUGUUUACGACCCUGCCUCCAAGUUCUGGUACAGCGCUGCGUCAGGUAUGCACUGGGACGCAAAGUCGGGAGGCUUUUAUAGCGGUGAAUCGGGAAAGUGGUACGUCUGGGACGCCAGCAGUCAGCAGUUUGUGGAGUGGACCAAGUGA